AUGACCUGCGCGUCCUGCACGAGCGCCAUCGGCUCGGCGGUCAGUGAGCUUCCAGGGAUCUCGGACGUUGUCGUGAACCUGCUGGGGAGUUCCGCCACUCUGACCGUCGCUCAUGCGGACGUCGUACCUGAGGUCGUGUCCGCGAUUGAGGAAGUCGGAUACACUGCGGAGGUGAUCAGCCUCGAGCCACUCCAGAAUAGUCCUUCGACGAAAAAGCCUUCACGCACAGACAGUCAGCAAGAAGGUCCGGUGCGCGUUGAGCUUUCGGUCGAUGGCAUGACGUGUGCGUCGUGCGUCACGACUAUAUUGGGCUUGCUUUCUGGGACUCCGGGGGUGUCGGAGGCGUCAGUCAAUCUCCUUGGCAAGUCUGCUACCGCGCUCCUGACAAAUCGUGAGCUCGCACCCCAGCUGAAGGAGGCUAUCGACGACGCUGGGUACGAAGCGGAAGUCAUCAAUCUACAACCAACAAACGAGGUUGACGACAAAGACCUCGGCCCUCGGACGGUGUCCUUGCGUGUCAACGGCAUGUUUUGUUCACAUUGCCCUGGCAAGAUCAUGAGUGCAUUGAAGACUCUUGAGCCAGACGUCACUGUCGACAAGCCACUCACCUCGCAUACGGAAUCCAUUCUGACGUUGACGUACACACCGAAUCCUCCGGACUUGUCAAUUCGCACUGUCAUCAAAAUCAUCGAAGGUGCUGGAGAGCCGGACACGCACUUCACGGCAGCGAUUUAUUGUCCGCCUUCGCUCGAGGACCGCGCACGCUACAUGCAACGUCGCGAGAAGCAGCACAUCUUUAUCCGGGCCUUGUUCUCCGCCAUCGUCGCUAUCCCGAUGCUCAUCAUCGGCGUCGUGUACAUGACACUCGUGCCGGCUGACAAUCAUGUCCGCAAGUGGCUCAUGGAGCCAAUUUGGGCCGGAAACACGUCGAGAGGCGUGUGGGCGAUGUUCUUCAUGGCGACCCCGGUCAUGUUCUACAGCGCGGGAAUGUUUCAUAGGCGCAGCCUGCGUGAGAUUUACGCGCUCUGGAAGAGGAGCAGCCGUACCCCGAUCUGGAAGAGGUUCAUCCGCUUUGGAAGCAUGAAUCUUCUGGUGUCUAGCGGUGUUUCUGUCGCGUACUUCGCAUCCAUUGCGCUGCUGGCUCUCUCAGCGUCGCAGUCACGCUCGACGACCGGGCAUGGAGACACAACCACUUACUUCGACUCGGUCGUCUUCCUGACGAUGUUCUUGUUGGCUGGUCGGUUCCUCGAGGCGUUUAGCAAGGGACAUACUGCGGACGCUAUUACCGCCCUCGGCAAAUUGCGCCCGACGUCUGCCUUGCUCGUCGUGUCUGCAUCUGAGGCGGCCUCCCUCAGCGAGCUCUCACCUUCUAACUCCUCCAGCGACACUGUUGCUCAGGAGCACGACCCAGAGAAGGGCAACGUGGAGAGCGAAGAGCAGAAUCUCGCGUCGAAGCCCGGGACGAAGGUCCAACGCGUCGACGCCGAGCUGCUCGAGGUAGGCGAUGUCGUCCGCGUCUUGCACGGCGCGAGCCCGCCGGCCGACGGAACCGUCGUCUCGGGAGACGGCAGCGCGUUCGACGAGAGCUCGCUCACGGGCGAGUCGCGGCUCGUGAAGAAGCAGAUCGGCGACAAGGUCUUCCUGGGGACGAUCAACAAGGCCGGCGUCGUCGACGUGCGCGUGGACGAGAUCGGCGGGCAGACGAUGCUGGACCACGUCGUGAAGGUCGUCCGCGAGGGCCAGGCCAGGCGCGCGCCCAUUGAGCGGCUCGUGGACAUCAUCACAGGGUACUUCGUCCCCGUCGUGACUGCCCUGGCGAUCGCUACAUGGGUCAUCUGGCUUGGUCUUGGGCUAGGCGGCGCGCUGCCACAAAGCUAUCUCGACAUCGACGUUGGGGGUUGGGCUGUUUGGUCUCUCGAGUUCGCCAUCGCUGUCUUCGUAGUCGCGUGCCCGUGCGGUAUUGGCCUGGCAGCGCCCACUGCUUUGCUUGUGGGCUCCGGCCUCGCGGCCAAGUUCGGAAUUCUCGCACGCGGGGGAGGCGAAGCGUUCCAGGAAGCGGCACAGCUUGAUGCCAUCGUCUUCGACAAAACUGGCACCCUGACCGAAGGCGGAGACCCCAAGGUCACCGACGCAGAAGUCUUCACAGAGAACACGGGCCUAACUCUUACUCGGAACGAGAUCCUAGGGGUCGCCAUGGAGAUUGAGUCAGCCAGCUCGCAUCCGCUCGCUACUGCAAUCCGUGGUUACUGUGAGGGGAACGGUGCGAAGCCGCAAACUGGCUCCUCCGUAGAAGAGACGCCUGGGCGUGGUCUGAAGGCCUCGUUUACCUCUUUGAAAUGUACUGCAGUCAUCGGAAACGAACCUUGGAUGGAGCAGCACCACGCGACGGUCGACGGGAGGAUCUCAGAGCUCCUCUACUCAUGGAAGUCAGAGGGCAAGAGCGUCGUGCUUCUCGCUAUUUCUCCCGAGCCUGCGUCCGAUUUCAGUAUCGUCGCGGCGUUUGCCGUCGCGGAUCCCAUCCGGCCAGAGGCCAAGGAAGUGCUCUCACGCCUCCAAGCACAAGGACUGGGGACCUGGAUGAUCUCAGGAGAUAACGCGGUCACUGCGAAGGCAGUCGCGCGCUCAGUCGGCAUCCUAGAGACGAAUGUCAUCGCUGAAGUACUCCCGCAUCAGAAGGCGGAGAAGAUUCAGUGGUUGCAGCAGGUGGGAACAAAGCGACCGACGAACGGGCUGGGCAAGCUAUUCAGUCGCCGAAGGCUGAAUGAGCGCUGCGUCGUAGCGAUGGUCGGCGACGGAAUUAACGACGCUCCCGCUCUGACUGCUGCAGACGUAGGCAUCGCUAUCGGCUCCGGAAGCGACGUGGCGAUUUCGAGCGCAUCCUUCAUCUUGGUGUCGUCAAACCUUCGCAGUCUCCUGACGUUGACGGACUUGUCGCGGACAGUGUUCAAUCGUGUGAAGAUCAACUUUUUGUGGGCAUCUGUUUAUAACCUGGUGAUGAUUCCCAUCGCUGCGGGAGUUGUCUAUCCUGCUGGGCACGCUAGACUCUCGCCUGUAUGGGCAUCGUUAGCCAUGGCUCUAUCGUCUGUAUCAGUAGUAUGUAGUUCGCUCCUUCUCAGGUUGUACCGCGAGCCCAAGGUCUCUAUCGCAUCUCAGUGA